AUGGCCAGGAAAAACCGCAACAGCAAGAAAAACGCCAAAACCGCGACCAACGGCGAUAAUCGUCAGGUCGCGGUGAACCGCAAGGCGCUGCACGAUUAUGAAAUCCUGGAGCGCGUUGAGGCCGGCCUGGUGCUGACUGGCACUGAGAUAAAAUCGAUACGCGCCGGCAAAGUCGACCUGCGGGAUGCCUACGCGCGGUCACAAAACGGCGAGCUGUGGCUGCACGGCGUCCAUAUCGCACCGUAUGAUGCGGCGAGCUACCUUAAUCACGAACCACGGCGUCCUCGCAAAGUCCUGCUACACCGUGCCCAAAUAAAUGACCUGGCGUUGCAGGCUGCCCAGAAAGGAUUGACCCUGACUCCAUUGCGGAUGUAUCUGAAAAACCACUACGCAAAAGUGGAAUUGGGCUUGGGCCGGGGCAAACGUCAGUACGACAAACGUCGCACCAUGAUUGAGCGGGAGCGGGAACGGGAUGCGCGCCAGGCAGUCAAGCAGUGGCGGGAGUAG